GAUCGUUCAUGCAGUAAAGUGAUGCGUUUGAUUCGUCGCACUACGCCAGAUUAAUGACAGGUGACCAAGAAUAAGAUGAUUUACGAGUGAUGACCCCAACGGACACUUGACCCCAGGGCCAGCAGAGACCAAUGACACCAUGUUGGACUGCGCAAAGCUGUUCUGCUGGACAUGCACGACACUUGCUCAUAACUACGACAUAUAUGACUUCAUUGGUACCAGCAAACCAUCAUCCAAUGGUGGGUCUUACUCCAGCAAUGGAGGAGGCGGAGGGAGCUUGGGCAGCGGAGGUGGGAUGAUGAACGGAGGCGCCCCACAGCUGGGUGGGCUCUUCACAGGGGGAAUGCCAAAGCUUAAGCCGACUGGGAGGGGCAUAGGUGCCCACAGUUCUUCUGGAGGCAGAAGUGCUCCCUUAUUACCUCCAGGGAGAAAACCAGCUCCCAGCAUUCCUGAUCAUGACGUGUCUGGUGACUCAGAGCAGGCGACUGACAACAGUAGUAUACCACCUAGUCCUAAGCCCAGUAGUAAGAGUAGUCCAGCCCCACCUCCUCCCCCUGCAUCGAGAAAACCUAACUUUUCUAAUGAUCGGCAAGCAAGGGGACCUCUGCCGGAUCCCCCCAACCCUGCCAGUAAGCCUUCAUCCCUAAAGCCUUCACCGCAGGAUGUGAUACCAACAUCAGCCCCUUCCAAAGCUGGUCAUCCAACCCUUCCAAGUAAACCAAAUUUAGUGAUUAAACCAAGUGUUGGAAACAAGCCAGCGCCUCCUAAACCCCCUAGCUCAGUAAAACCUUUACUACCACCUAAGUUACCUGUAGCACAGCCUAAUGGGAACACUCCAGUGAGUAGACCUGCAUCAAGAACAAGUAGCAUGAAGGAAUACAGAAGUACAAGUGAAAUGGAUUUCUCAGACCAGAAUGAGUAUUCAAAGGAAGACAUGCUCUCAUCAAGUAUGGCACGGACCCUGCCAGCUCAUCACCAUAAGCAAGCUCCCGGUGGACCACCCUUUGGGCACGGCUCCAAUCGCUCUGUGACCGUUGGCCGAAUGGCUGGUUCAAACAUUGUCAGAUCCAUGACGCGUGCACCAGCAGAGCGACCGCCACCCCCACCCAGUAGACCAAGCGUACCCGCACCUCCGCCUCCAAACCAGCCACCUCCACCGCCACCUCACCGGCAAGGACCUCCUCCCCCACCCACUGCAAAGCCUGAGCCUCCAAGCAUAGCACCCCCUCCACCACCUCCAAAUAGAUUUCAGUCAGCGCGCCCUUCAGGUGGUGAUUUUGAAAGCAAAUUCCAGUUUCACGGGGCGCACACAUUCCCCUUGCCCCUUGUGUACCAGAACUGCACCAAGACGUACCCCAGCAGGAAUGAUAUUCCUUUCUAUCUUCAUAGUUCAUAUUUACAACUACAAAGUGCCAAACCUGCCAGUCAGCGCCGUGCCCCACCUCCUCCUCCAGGACCUCACCCUUCAUCAGCUUCCAUAAGCAAUACAUCUUCACAGUCCUCAUUGCAUCGUUUCCCAACCAAUACACACACUUCUCCUCCUCCACCACCACCUCAUGCUCCUCUUCAUCUACAAGUUGGUGCAAAAAUGUAUGGAACAGAGGCUUCACACUGCUAGGAUAUGCUUGUCUUGUCAACAAUAUGGGCCAGUGUACUGCAAAGCCAUUCUGUCUGUGAAUUGUUAAAUGUCAUUCUUAUGUUUUAUGUUUUUUUUGUCUGUCUAUUUUGUCUGGUGUCUUCUGACCUAUUCAAAAUAUAAUUGACAUGAUUGAGGAAAAUAUUGAUUAUUUAUGAUUAUUUGAUGAAAUUAUAAAAUGUGACAGAUGGGAGGUUUGCUUCUCUGGGAUAUGUGAAUUAAUAAGCCAAAGCUAAUAGUAGUCCAAAAUGGAUAAGAACAUUAUAUGGUGAAGGGUUGAUUUUAUGCUGUACUGACAGUGGUAUUCCAUGUGAAGUUUCUGACAAGAAAGCCUGAUUCUCUGUUGUUGCAUUGAUUUUUUUAGGCCAAAUUUUCAUGAGAUAAAUGACUUGGAUCACACUGGCACUGUAUGUGUAACAAGAGAACCGCAAAAAAGUGCCUUCUGUACAUUUUGUCUUCAGAAUUUUUCCACUUAAACAGCGUUUAGGACCCACUUGUUGAUAUUGACCACAUGUGAUUAAUGUGAUAAAACACAACUGUUAGAUGGAAGUUAAGGGGGUUGCCAAUAUUCAGGUAGCAGGUGCAGAUAUUUGAAUAUAAACUAACCCCACUGCUAAGAGUGUGCAAUAUUUUCCGAGAGCAGAAUACCUUUAGCUGGAUAAUCAUCAGGGAAAGUAUCCAGAAAAGGGACUUCCUAAACCUUUUACUGAGUGCCAAGCUUCAGGUUACUCCUGUUUAUUAUUGUAAAUAUUGUUGAUGUUCAUACAAAAUAUCUGCUCAUAUUUGGUAAGUCUUUGGAAUGUUAUGCCAGAAAAAAGAAAAGAAAAGAAAGGAAAAAAAAGGUAGAUGAGUACAAGGUUAUCAAUUUUUUUUAUUUUUAUUUAUAAGGUCUGGCUCCCACUAAUUUGCUUUAUGUAUUUUUUAUACUUAUUAUUGCCAUUUAUUAUUGUUGUUAUUAUUAUUUUUAUUAUUAUUUGUUUAAUUUUUUUACUUUUAUUUUUGUGCUGUUAUUAUCAUCAUUAUCAUUAUCACUUGUGAUUUUCAGCAUCUUUCAGUACCACAGUCAUCGUCAUCAUUACUCAUAUUAGUGGUAUAUUGGUAUCAUUAUCAUCUUCAAAAUUUAGAUCCUUGUAAAUUUGAUUUCAUAUACUUUUUUUAGCAUUUUAUAUCAAGGCAAAUAAUCAAAUUAUCGUGUUAAUCUAAUAAGAGGAAAUAAAAAAAGCCAUUGUGCCAUGAAGAUAAUGUAGUAUUUAUGAAUAUUUUUAACCCAUUCCUGACGGGUGGCAUGUUCGCACAUGCCAUGGCAUGGCGGGACUA